AAUUUAUAUCGAUAGUUGGGUCAGCUGUUUCGUGGUUUGUUUUGUGUAAAUAGCUGUGAAUGUUGAAAAAAGUUAAGUUUUUUAGUCUUUUCGUCGCCAUUUUGCUCAUUAUCCAUGUCGGACGACAUUAAGAAGUAUUUCAAUGGCCUGCUAAAGAAGGUCAGUGGCCUGCACGUCAUACAGAUAACGGAUCGUGAUGGCGUUCCACUCCUCCGUGUCAGUCAGGAGAAGAAUGUGGAUUUCGCCCUUAUGCCCUCGUUUAUACCCACAUUCACGACGGCCUGCGAUCAGGCCAGCAAGCUGGGCUUGGGUCGCAACAAGACCAUUAUUUCGAUGUAUUCCAACUAUCAAGUGGUCCAAAUGAACAAGCUGCCAUUGAUACUGACCUUUGUGGGUUCGGAAAACUGCAAUACGGGUCACAUUCUCGCCCUGGAGCAUCAGGUGGACGGCUAUCUGGAGGACAUCAAGCAGGCCGUCACCGAGUGAUAGACAUACAUACACCACACCAAAACCAUUUACUAUAUAAAUUUAUAUUUUUAAAAAAUACUAACUGUUUACACUUUA